ACACAGACUGAGAAAUGUUACCUCCCUAGGGCGGAGUGAGUGAGUGAGCAGGUGCCGUGCAGAAACAACCUCUACAUUGCUCCUCAGAGAUAAGAAUAAGAGGGGAGAGUGAGGCUGAGGAUCUUGUGGGCGCACUGGUCGUAACUGCUGGGUGAGCUCCCUGUGGACCUCAUCUGCUUGCUCUCCAGACAGCUCUUCUUGCACCGGUCGGUCAUAGGGAGUCAGCCUUCUUGCUGCCUAAGAGGAAUCAACAUUCCACGAUCAUCCCAGCCAGGAGGAUCACCCGGCAUUUAACCAAGACUCGGGUCACACUGAGCUCAAGCUUUGCCUUCAUCACCUCUUUGAAGACAGGCAUACCACCGGAGUGUCAUGGAGAAGCCCUUCCCCUAUGUUGAUUAGGUCUUCCAUUUCAGCACAAUGAUACUGCCCAAAAAACUGAGGCUGCUCCUGUUCUUGGCUUCCCAGAUAGCCGUCUUCGCGCUCCUCUUCCACCUGUAUGACAGCUCCCUGCCUAGGAAGGAGGAGCCCAGGCCCGUGCACGUGCUGAUCCUGUCUUCCUGGCGCUCGGGCUCUUCCCUCGUAGGGCAGCUUUUCGGACAGCACCCAGAUGUCUUCUACUUGAUGGAGCCCGCCUGGCACGUGUGGAUGUCUUUCACACAGAGCACCGCCUGGAAGCUGCACAUGGCGGUGCGCGAUCUGCUGCGCUCAGUCUUUCUCUGUGACAUGAGCGUCUUCGAUGCGUACCUGAAUCCUGGUCCUCGGAAGCAAUCCAUCCUCUUCCACUGGGAACACAGCCGAGCGCUCUGUUCCCCACCUGCCUGUAACAUCUUCCCUCGGAACAAUAUCACCUACCACGCGCACUGUAAGCUCCUGUGCCAUCAGCAGCCCUUCAAGGGGGUGGAGGAAGCCUGCCGCUCCUACAGCCACGUGGUGCUCAAGGAGGUGCGCUUCUUCAACCUGCAGACCCUCUACCCGCUGCUCAUGGACCCCCUGCUCAACUUGCACGUCGUGCAGUUGGUCCGGGACCCCCGGGCCGUGUUCCGUUCACGAGAACACACCACAGCCGAGCUCAUGACUGACAGUCGCAUUGUGUUGGGGCCGCUCUGGGAGACGCUCAAGGAGGGGGACCGGCCGUAUCACACCAUGCAGAUUAUCUGCCAAAGUCAGCUGGAGAUAUUCAAGGCUAUCCAGUUCUUGCCUGAAGCCCUGCGGCAGCGCUUCCUACUGGUGCGCUAUGAAGAUCUGGUCCGGAGGCCCCUUGCGCAGACUUCCCGGAUGUAUCAGUAUGUGGGGUUGGAAUUCUUGCCCUAUCUCCAGCAGUGGGUGCACAACACCACGCGGGGCAAGGGCGUGGGUCAGCAUGCCUUCCACACCAAUGCCAGGAAUGCCCUCAACGUCUCCCAGGCUUGGCGCUGGUCUUUGCCUUAUGAAAAGGUUUCUCGACUUCAGGAAGUCUGUGGCGAUUUCAUGGAUUUGAUGGGCUAUUUCCAUGUCAGAUCCCAGAAAGAGCAGAAUGACCUAUCACUGGAUCUUCUGUCUAGCUGGAGGCCUUUGGAGCAAGUGUUAUAAGGGGUUGAGGAGGCCCUGUCCUCACCUGGGGCUGGCCUCAGUUCUAUUCCCUGGAUGCUUCUGAGCCUUAACUGGGUCUCUGUAAAUUAUGCACAUUGCACGUGAGUUAUGCCCACAUAUGCUCAAGCAGAGCAAGCUUUGGGUCUACAAUCUGGUCUAAGACAACUCAGGAACCUCAUAUGAGCAGCGCGUUCCCCAGUGAAAUGUAAUGCUGCUUUUCUCUUCUUGACUUUCUGUCUGUGUAGAUUUGGAGUCUGUUAGACAGCAUGUAAUGCUGGUGGAGUAAACCUAUAAACCUUGUCUGCAUCUUACCCACUGGGAAAGAGGAAAAACAAUUUAAAAAAAAAAACAGGGAAAUAGGUUUUUCACCAAAAAUUUCACCAGCGUAUUCCAAAACCAUGAACUCUAAAUCCUUGGCGUUUCCACAAGAUUAAAGGAAGGAACUGACACCUAUCUUUGAGCUUAUGCUCACAGCCUACAGUUAGCACAAACAUGAAAUUUAUUCUGCACACAGGGCAAGCUCUUAAACCCAAGAAAUGGCUGAACUCUAUCUGGAUGUCAUUUCCCCUGGUGUUUUCGUAUCACACAUAGACUUUGACUGGUGAAACUGCUACCCAUUAUUACUACAACUUCAAAAUAAGAUUCUGUUUAGAGUAUGCCCUCAUAUGCCUUCUAAUUACUAAUUAUCUCAUUUUGUGGGACCCUAAUGUAAAAGCAUAUCAUCUAUAAACAGAUUUUUAUAUUUUUGCUAUUAUCUAUCAUAUAUAAGUGAAAGUGUUUGGUGUCAGAUGAUGUACUAAGUCUAUAUAUCCACUUACACUGGGCAGAAAGUAGACAACCACCAACUAAGUCCUUUUUUGUGUGAGUCCUAAGUUGCAUGUACCACAUGCAUCACCUGAGGGGCUAGAGAAAUAAUACUUUUACUCUAAUCCCUAAGCCAGAAGACCCCUUUCUAGUACUUAUCAUCACAUGGUUCCAAUAUCCACCUCCCCUAGUAAGAAGUCCUUCCUCCCAGGCUCUACAGAUGCCCAGAUCUCUCUGUGCACCAGAAUCUGAUGGGUCACAUGCACAUUGCUAGGCCUUGCCUCAAAUCUGUUGCAGCUGGAGUCUCCCAGCGUGGGGCAGGGAUUUUAGGUGCUCUUCAUGCUGCCAACCUGGAACUGGACACCCUGCACUGGGAACCAGCACCGUCAUCCUCCAAGUGAGGUGACUGUCAGCACAUGCCGAGUACAUGUGCCUGCCAUCACCUGCUACCACCUCCUUUACUCCUGUUAUCACCCUGUCCUCCGGUCAUUAAAAAUAUGAUAGAAGAGUGUAUGUGUCGGGAACUUUAUAGGCCUCUGAGCCUCACCUCUUUUUUAAUGUUUUGCUUUAUAUUAAACCUGAGAGACUCUGUCA